UCAAGCUAGUCAAUCGUUCUCAGCCCAGGGCUUAAUUUGUAUUUGUAUAAUGUGCCAGUAUACCCUGAUGGUGCUGUCAUCAUUAGCUUCAUUGAAAAUUUUAACCGAAAGAAAAUUGAACGAAUGUAAGAAAUCUUUGAUGAUCGUUGGAGAUGUUGAACAGGAGUGGUAGAUAUCAAAAUCUUCUAGGACAAUUUAACGACAGCGAGAUGAUGACGUCCAGAAACCUCGACGAUGAGAGCAUUGUCAAUUUAACCUUUUACGUAAUGGUGUUGGUUCUCGGUGUCCCAGGGAAUGCCGUCAUCAUCCAAGCUUACGCAUGGAAGAAACGGAAAACGAGCACGGAUAUCCUCAUCAUAGCGCAAGCGAUAGUCGACUUCAUCUCCUGUAUUUUGGCACCUGCUUUGGUUGUAAGGCAGGCAUUUCAAGAACACAUUACAAUGGGUCUCUGCCGGCUGACAUCCAUUCAAGUUGAUGCUACAGCCUUCGCGUCUCUUUUCUUAACGACAUCAAUCGGCAUUGACCGCUAUAUGGCUGUAUGCCGUCCAUUACGACGGCGAUCGACGGUGAAGAUGUCAAUUCUAUUAGUAGCGAUAUCGGUUGUCGCCGCGAUCGGUUUCAAUAUUCCUUUUACAAUUUUCUUUCAAAGCGUUCAAACGCGGAACGGCCGGACAUGUAGAUUGUCGACAUCCUAUGAAGUCUCACUGAUCUUCACUGCGAUUCGAAUGACCUUAUUUAUCAUAUCCUUUAUAGCAACUACUACUCUUUACGGACUUAUUUACACCUUCAUCCGAGAGAAAGCAACUAUCCAUGCUGGCCUGGUUGGCAAUGAGAUCCCGGAAGCCACCGGCACAACAAAUGACAGAGGGGAUUCGUUUGAAACAAGCUUGAAACUUGAUAGCUAUUUUGUUAAUGAUUCAAGCAACAUCAUAAAUAAGACUGAUAAGAAGAGUGAAUCUAAACUUUCCCAGGCUGCACCGGCAAAUCUGCCUUCUACAUCGACACAUCUGAAUACCGCUUCUCCGACAAAGCCCUUGAAUAAACAUCAGGGAAAUAUGAAGACAUCUGAUUCCAGCAAGCAUCCUAAAAGUCGUGAACCAACGUCUGCAUCAAGAAUUGCUGAAGAUGUUUCAACGAAACAGCCCAAGCAUCGACCUGUGAAGAGAAAAAACGAAUACGAUUUCGGACGGAAAAUAACGCGCAUGCUCCUUAUAAUAACCAUAUUCUUCUUCUUCACGUGGACACCAAACCUGAUCAUCCACGUGAUCCCGAUCCCGAUCGUCCACCGGUACCGUGACGUCCCCGGCAUGCGCGCCUUUAUUCAAAUAAUGUUAAGUCUCAGGCUGUCCAAUCACGUCGUUAAUUUCUUCGUUUAUUAUUACGUCAGCAACGGCUUUAGGAGGGAUGUUAAAGAAUCAUUUAAAAAGUGCAAAUGUUGGUAUUUAUGGAAAUAGUUUGUCUUUCACCAAUUUGACAUAAAAGAAGUUUGAUUUUUGUCUUAUCUAUUUAUCAUUUUGUAUUUAUUUGUUCUCCUUCAAACGAUUAUUAUUUCAUUUUACUUAAAUUGUAUUCAUAUAUAACAAUUUAUUUAGUUGUAUACCUUUGGGGUAUUCUAAAUUAUAUUCAAAGUAGUCGUAUAUUUGCCAUGUCAUACACAGCAAAAACUGUGGUGUUAACCGGUG